AUGAUAAUAAAUUCGCCGAUCUUCUUGAAUAUGUUCCUGAAGAAAAAGAAAAUGAUAAAAAAAUUCAAAAAAGAACUUGAAUCCUAUAUUGAUAGAUAUGCUACUGUCAAAAAAGGUCCUGCUCCAAGACGCCCAUAAUUUUAUUAUUUUAUUUGA